AUGAGUGAAGAAACAAACGGCGACAUUCAAAUCACCGAGGUAUCAGAAGAGAACAAAAUCAAAGCGGAUGAAGCAAGAGAUGCGGCAAACAUACUGUUUAGGGCAAAGAAAUUCGAGGCCGCGACAGAAAAAUACACGGAGGCAAUUAAUUUGAACCCUAAUGUAGCAGCUUAUUAUGCCAACCGAUCCUUUGCUUACUUUAAAACGGAAGCAUAUGGUUAUGCGGUUGCGGAUGCAGAAAAGGCCGUUAAAAUAGAUCCAAAGUACAUCAAGGGUUAUUAUAGACGAGCAGCGGCGAAUAUGGCAUUGUGCAAAUUUAAAGACGCACGUCGGGAUUUUCGAAUUGUUGUAAAAAAAGCACCAGGCGACAAGGAUGCGAAGGACAAAUUAGCAGAAUGUGAAAAAAUUAUAAGAAAGAUUGAGUUUGAAAAGGCCAUCGAGGUAGAUUCCCCAGAUAAGAAACUAGCUAAAACUUUGAACGUGGACUCCAUUGUGGUGGAACCCUCUUACGACGGACCGAGGAUUGAAGAUGGGAAAAUCACAAAGGAGUUUAUUGAGAAAGCUAUGGAAUACUUCAAAAAUCGAAAGAGAAUUCAUAGAAAAUAUGCAUACCAAAUAAUUAUAGCCGUUCAAAAGAUUAUGUCAGAAACUCCUUCAUUAGUUGAAAUCACCAUACCCCAAGACUGUAAAUUGACUGUUUGCGGAGAUAUCCAUGGUCAAUUCUAUGACUUACUGAACAUUUUUAAGAUUAAUGAUUUACCAUCCGAAAAGAAUAUGUAUCUUUUCAAUGGAGACUUUGUAGACCGUGGAUCGUUUAGCAUCGAGGUUAUAUUAACCUUAUUCGCUUAUAAAUGGCUUUACCCUAAUUCCUUCUACUUAACGCGAGGAAACCACGAAACGGACGACAUGAACAAGGUUUAUGGAUUUGAGGGAGAAGUUAAAGCCAAAUUUGAAGAAUCAAUGUUUAGAUACUUUUCUGAAACUUUUAGUUCCCUACCACCUGCACAUCUUAUCAAUCAAAAAAUAUUGGUCGUACACGGUGGAUUGUUCAGUCGUGAUGACGUCACUUUAGAUGAUAUUCGAAAGAUCGAUCGAUUCGAUAAAAAGCAACUUGAAAGUGAUAGUCUUCUACGUGAACUCCUGUGGUCUGAUCCUCAGCUGUUACCAGGACGUAGUCCGAGUAAGAGAGGCGUAGGAAUACAAUUUGGGCCAGAUAUCACUGAAAAUUUCUUGAAACGCAAUAACCUUGAUCUUUUAAUACGAAGUCAUGAAGUCAAAGAAAAUGGAUACGUAAUUGAACAUAACGGCAAAUGUAUUACUGUAUUUUCUGCGCCAAACUACUGUGAUUCCAUGGGUAACAAAGGAGCGCUCAUUAAUAUUACUCCAGAUUUGCAGUUGAGCUAUAAGACGUUUGAAGCUGUGCCUCAUCCUGAUGUUCGACCUAUGGCUUAUGCGGCACACUUUGGUGGUUUAUUUUAA